CCUCACCGUUUACUCCUUCUAUCAAUUUUAGAAGUGAAGCUACAGUGGUGUGGUCGGAACUCUGGGACAGUCACAAGGUUUCGCUUUGGGGAUGAGGAAGCAACAGGGAUCCACCUAUGUCAUACAAUCUGAGUUUCUCUCCAUCAUUCUCAUUCUACAAUCAACUUUUCCAAUCAAAAGAAGAUCCUUCACUUCCCUCUCAGAAGGUCCUACAUGGUAAUACAUGUUUGUUUUCUCUUUCUUUUGAAUCGAAACAUGUGUUAUCUCUUUCUUGUGAAUCGAAAUUACGUAAGAAACUAGGUGCCUGCCCUUUGAAAUGGCCAUUUACUAGAUAUCAAUCCUCAUCUCCCCUUCUUUUUUUGAUGAAAGCUAUUUUUGAAAAAAUGUUUUACUAACUUCUACGACAGAAGGCAUUGGGUCUAGCAGCCUGUUUCAUAUUCCAUAGACUAAAAAUGAGACUUAGACCAAGACUUUCCACUUUGAGACAAGUCAAUGUCUAGAAACCUCUUUUCUUUAGGGAAAUAGGGAAUUGGGCUAGCAAUCACAUAGUCAUAGUGUGUACUAUGGAGUAUUAUCUAUAUAUUUUACUAUACCUGACACAAUGCAAUUCCUGUGUGUGUUGGUUUGAGGAAAUUGCGUUCUACGAUAGAGGAAAUGGAGAAAGAAAACAUAGAACCAAAACCAAGGACUAUUCAAGGAGAGAAGGCCAAAAAAAAUACUGCCUUUGAGGUUGAUUUAGAUUUUGAGCACAAUAUGAGACUGGCACCGGUGAUUACAGAGGAAGUUACUUUGUCCCUAGAAGAAUUGAGCCGCAAAGGGAUUGUUGAGGUUGAUGAGGAGCCAAGUAUUGGUGAAAAUGCAUUUGUGUGGCUAGCAACGCUUAUACUGGUGGUAGCGGAAUGUCGUGAACGCUCGCUUUACUUUCGAGACUCUUACAGCUUCUUCUGGCAGUACACUCCACUAUCCUGCCUUCAAUGUGUUCUUGAAACAGAUUGACAAGCAUUUGCAGAAGCAAGCCAAACCAACCGGCAUAUAACUCGCGGAUAAUGAGUUUAUACUGCACGUGGAAGGAACCGCGACAUCGCAUAGAGUUGUGCGCCAUAUUGGAGGAACAAGUUGGCCUGGCAUGCCUCCCGCCUUUGAUCUUCUCUAUUAUUGAUGCAAUUUUACUCUCAUUUCCAUUGUAAGGACAAUCAUUUUCAAGAAG